GGCACGCACUAGACGUGUCGACUACAAUAACCCGCUCACCGUUCGGGAGUCCGAGUUCUCAAUCGAAGCCACAAAGAGGACAUGGGCUCCAAGGUUUUCUCCUUACUUGGAUCAAUCACAAUGGCCGGAGUAUCAUGGAGUGCAAGUUUGGCCAGAUCCGGAAUGGAAGGUUGUGAAACGUGGAAGAAGAAAGACAAAGAGGUAUCACGGAGAUAUGGAUAGAUGGGGUCAUUCGGGAAACAAGUUAUUCCAAGAGUCUCGCGAGCCAACUAAUUGUGGAUCAUGCAAUAGUAAGGGCCACAAUAAAAGGAAGUGCACAUCCGGCAAAAAAUCAAAGGGCAAUGAUGCUAGCACAAGUCAAGCAUCAAGUAGCCAACAAGCUUCAAAUCAACCUCGAAGCCAACAAAUGCCAAGCCAACAAGCUCCAAGCCAACAAGCUCCAAGCCAACCGCGUCAAACUCCUCCAAGCCAAACGCGUCAACCUCCUCCAAGCCAAACGCGUCAACCUCCUCCAAGCCAAACGCGUCAACAAGCUCCAAGCACACAAGCCCAACGUCAACAAGCUCCAAGCACACAAGCCCAACAGCAACAAACCCCAAGCACACAAGCCCAACGGCAACAAGCUCCUACGCAACAAGCUCCAAGGCAAGAAGCCUCAAGGCAUCAACCACAAUGGCGACAAGCUCCAAGGCAACAAAGGAUUCACGUAGGGCUUAGUAGAGGUGGCCGUCGCGGUGCUAGUAUGCUACGAUACCUAGCGGGGCCUUAUCCGUAUGGCAACUCAACCCACCAAGGGGAAGGGAGCAUGGGAGGGCAAUGAGAAGGAGGAGUCCGCUUGGGAGGAGGCGGUAAGGACGGUGCGGAAGAAGGAGAAGGAAGAACUAGAGAGGAAGAAGAAGGAGGAGGAAGACAACAAGAUGGCGGAGCGUGCCCAUAUGCAAAAACAGUAUGACGAAUACAUAUUGUUCCACAAGAGGAGGAAUGCCAAGCUGAAGGCCGAACGGGACCGCGAGGCACGGAUAAAAUUCCUGAGGAGCUGCCAACUUGAGCAAAUUGCGAGGGAGAGGGCCAAUAGGAUGCACCUAGAGGAGGUGGCUAGGGAGGCUGAACGCAUCAAGGAGGAGAGAGCUCAAGCGGAAGCUGCAAAGACGGAGGAGCACCACCACUUCUUCGAUUCGGUCGUUCAGUUGGCUCGUGACUUAAGGGAGAAGGAAGAAUUGGCUGAAGAAGCUAAGAAGAAGAAGGCAAGGGGGGAGGGAGCCUUUGCGACGCAGUGA